AUGCCGUCUGAUAUUAACGGCAUCAAUAAAGUCAUGAAUCAAGACGCGGGCGGGAAAAGAAAACCGCCAAAACGUAGUCAAGAUAUGCAGCGGGAAAAUGAUGAUUUUUAUAAACCAUUUUGCAAAUUAAAUUAUAGAAGAAUUUUUCCAGAGUUAAUGGGAAUGGCUGAAUACACGAUUUUUAUUGAGAGUCGUAAAGAAGGAGUUAAAUUACGAAAUGCGAAUCCCUUAAUAUUGGCGGGAAUUUUCAAAAACGAAAUCAAAUGA